CCUUGGUUUGUUUAUGUUUUAUAGAAAGUGGUCCUUUUGACUUCAUGUGUCGCAAAUUUGUGAGUAAAAUGAAUGCUCUCUAGCGAGGGUUUAACAAUUUCAUCACUUAAUCUAUUCUACAAUCUCAACUCGUCCUGCUAGAAUCUUUCCAAUUUUAGUCAAUUUCCCAUCAUGGACAUCAACUUACAAAUAGCAGCAUUAGAUUAUACCACCGAGGAAGAACCUCGGUUGUUGAUAACUCUGCUACCAGUGCCAGUGGUUACAGUCGUCCCAAAAACCUUCUGCUCGUUCUGCCUUCGGGAGCGUCCCUUAGACGGUGCCUACUACGGGUAUAACAUCGAAAACUCUCAUCCCAUUCUUCGCGAAACCAUGGAGGAGAUUUUCGGGCCCAAAUUCAAGCUGGAAAAGUUCUCGAUUUGUACUCCUUGCUGGAACAUGAUUCAGCUGAUGGAUGAUUUCAGGACAUGUUGCUUCGAGGCAAACAGCCGCGCAGAACGGAUCAAGAGCGGGCUCAAGAGCGAGGACGACUGGUUCACGCAGGAUACGGUGAAAAUGAUCGAAGCCAUGCAUUCUGCGGUACGGGAUCAGAUCGAGCAAAUCAAGACGAGUGUUGCCGAAGCGAUCCAUGAACCAAACUCAAAUAACAAUGUGAUAACAAUAGAUGAUAGUGAUGAUGAACGGGAUAGCACAAAUCUUGUGAUUGAUGAUCAGCCGUUGGAAGAUCAAACUGAAGAUGCCAUUGAAACGCAAGCGGAAACAGAGAAUAGUAUUAUCGAAACGAGCACACCCAAUGUGGAUCAGAUACCAGAAGAGCAACAACCUGACCCUGAUAGCGAUAUGGAGGACGCUGGACCUAAUACGCCACCGGAAGUUCCGCCGUUCAGUAUAAAGGUUGAACCUGAAGAUAAUGUUAGCGAGGAAAACUCCAUGCAGUUGGCAAUCGAAGCGCAGCGAUCGCCUCUCCUUGAUCGUCCAGACAACAUUGUUAAAGCAGAACCUACCGACGAGGCAAGUAUACUUCCACAAAUCUUAAUACACAAUAUCAAGUCUGAAGUGGUGCUGCCCGAAGAGAGCAUGGAUGCUGAAUAUGGCAAUCAGACUACCACACCAGAAGACCACGAACGAGCAGUCCACGAAGAAGCGGAGCCCGAUAACCUGUUCACGGAGAUUUCCGUUGAAAACAUCAAGAUUGAAAAAGAUGAAGUUAGGGAAAAGAUCGCCAACUUGCUGAACGCACGGGUUUUACAAUGUGGAAGAUGUGGCACUUCUUUCAAGUUCAAGCGAGGGGUUAUUAUCCAUCUUAAAAACUGCAAAGAUCAAACUGCCGUCGGACCCGACGUGAUGUACACCUGCCAGAUCUGCUGGGCAUCGUAUCGAUCGAGGACAAACUUUAAGGCGCAUAUCAAUCAACACAUUGAUCACAAACAAUACAAAUGCCGAUUACAGUGUAAAAAACAUUUCUUCGGACUGAAAGGGCGCUUGAAACACGAAGAAAAAUGCAAUGCAGACAUCAGUUGCAGCGUUUGUGACCGCUCCUUCGUGGAAAAGGAGCUACUUUUUGCACACAUCAAAUCAGCUCAUGGAAAAAUUACAUUUACCUGUGGAAUAUGCGACAUCAGAUUUCCGCACAGGGUUGCACUCAGGAGGCACAGUUCAAAAAUGCAUAAGGAAAGAGCGGGAGGUAUUCCCUGUCGACGAUGCAAUAUUCACGUGUCCAAGACCGCUCACGAAGGAAACUUACACGUGAAAGAAUGUAGAGAGCGUUUCACUUUCGACUGUAAUGAGUGCGAUGCUAAGCUACAAACUCCUUCGCAUUUGAAGACUCACAAAGAAUUGUACCACGACGAGCCAAAAUAUGAUUGCAAUUUUUGUGAAAAGAAGUUUAAACGCAAGGAGAUCGCCGUUAAACAUCAAAUAACACACAGCAAAGCAAAAAAGAAAUUUCCUUGCGCGAAAUGCGAUAAAACAUUCGGAAGUACAACUAACCUUAAAAGGCACAUGAAUGUACAUCUGCCCGUUCGCCCGUAUCCGUGCCCAACCUGCGAAAAGAGGUUCUCCAGCAAACAGGCCAUGGAAAUACAUGCCAAGUUGAACUGUGCGAAUGUGAGAGAAGGCAAAAUAACAUGCCCGUUUUGUCGUAAAAAGUACUUGGUUCGAGCUACCUUCAAAAAACAUAUUGAAGAAAAACAUUGGGAGCAGUUACAAGAUUCUGCAUUUGAAUUGCAAGUUGAUACGAUGUGAGUCGACCGGUGGAAUUGCUACAAAAGGUUCAAGCUCCUGUUGUGUUGUGUGUCUGAAAAAAAUGUACCCGUAGAAAUAGAUUCUUUGAUCUGAAAAA